ACACCACGUUCCCACGCACCUCGCCGUGGCUGAGGUGGGGCCGCCUCGGCGGAGCCGCCGCGCCGCACUGUCUCAGCGCCGCGGCACCGGCGUUAGCACCGGAGACAGCCGCGGGGCCGGGGAGCGUCUCCUUCCCGAUUCUGGUACGCAUUCCGCCGGUCGUCCCCAAUGUGCGGCUAACCUGUUUGAUGAAACGAUGCGCUGGAGGUACUGCCUCUGUUAAUCUACAUAAUGGUUUCCAACUAGCACCAACGUGUUCGAUGUAAUGCCACAGCGCGGUUCGCCGUCUUAGGCCUCGCCGGUGGCUCUGACUGCCUUUUGUGGGAUUCAGAUGUGUCUUUUGAUCCAUGGGGUCUUCAGAAGAUAAAUUUGCUUACAACCUAAUGCCUGACCAAAUGUGCCCACGAGUUGCGAUUGUACAUCUACUAGGGACGACAAUGUCAGCGACAAUACCUUUCUGGAGAAACAAUGUCUCAUUAUUAAUGUAAAAAUGUUUUUAUUGGGUCGAUGAGUUACUUCACUUUCAGAUUUUCUGUUACCAUUUCUCUGGAGAAUUUAAAUGAGGAAGCAUACCGCCAUAGACAUAACCUGGCUCUCACAACACGCACAUGUGCAGACCUCUAACACAAGCUAGGUUUCUUGUUAGCUGAUCAUAUUGAGGUUUUUGACUUGGUCAUAUGAAGCUCGGUUUCCUUGCUGCAAAGGAGGCUUCUUCAGCUAUCGCGUUUGCUUCUGUAAUUCACAUAAAGCAAGUGCAAAGUCACUAAUGUCUUCAGAUUUUCUUUUCCUCAACGAAACUCCUGCUCAACAAUACUUUGUGCUGAUAGUGACUUGUCUGGGUCAUCAGAAAUAUCAGAACUAUAAAGAAUUUGAUAAGAUCUUAGAGAGAGGGAUUUGGAACGAGAAAGACGGAAGCCUAGCUGAUCAAGUAUGCCCAUGUGUAAUUAUUUAAAUGUUAAGAGGUGAAUGGCUGCACUGGUAACAUGGGGCUAUCUGUUGCUGAGGCUGCUGUUCGUAGGGGCCUUCACCUAGUCCCCGUUUCAUUCAGUAGUAGAGAGAAGGUUAAAAGAACAAUACAAGUUGGACAAACGGACAUUCGUUUAUAUGGUCCUUCUGCACGUGAAGAUGUUCUUUCAUCUGUCGCUGAUGAAUUCCCAGAUGUCAUUGUUGUGGACUACACAGCACCUGAUUCUGUGAACUCUAAUGCUGAGCUCUAUUGCAAGCUUGGUUUGCCAUUUGUGAUGGGCACAACUGGUGGGAAUCAGCAGUUACUCUACAAGUCAGUGCAAGAUUCAAAAAACUAUGCACUAAUAUCUCCACAGAUGGGAAAACAGGUGGUUGCAUUUCUUGCUAUAAUGAGAAUCUUUGCCGAGCAGUUUCCAGGGGCCUUUUCAGGUUAUCAUUUAGAGGUUUUAGAAUCCCAUCAAGCUAGCAAGAAGGACACAUCUGGUACAGCUAAAGAUGUGAUUGCUUCUUUUGAGAAAUUAGGUGUGCCAUAUGAUAUGAACCGGCAGAUGGUUAAGAUUAGAGAUCCUGAUCAGCAGCUUGAGAUGGUGGGUGUCCCUAAAGAGCAUAUUGAAGGGCAUGCAUUCCAUUUGUACCAUCUCACUUCUCCUGAUGAUAGUGUUUCAUUUGAGUUCCAGCACAAUGUUUGUGGCCGUUCAAUCUACGCUGAAGGAACUAUUGAUGCUGCAAUAUUUCUGCAUAGGAAGGUACAAUCAAAGGAUUCUAAGAGAAUAUACGACAUGGAGGAUGUCUUGCGAGAAGGAUACAUGCGAUAAAAUUUACUGAUUAGUUGUUCAUUAGUUUGAAGCAACGUACUGUUUUUUUGGUUGUCUGUGGGGAAGUAUUAGAUACUUACUAAUAGAGCCUCUGUGUGAACUAAAUAAACAGUUAGUCUGUACUAAGUUCUUCAAGUUUCUAUCAAAAUUGAAGAAAAAAUAUGUUAGAAAUAAAAAAACUACACAUUAAAAAGUACAUAA